UCUCCACCGGUGCGGACUUGUGCCUGCCCGACGGACGGCCCGGUGUCAUCCCUGGUUCUGUUACUUGUUGCCCAAGUUCCUGGAGGCGCAUCCUGAGCAAGGUUCAGGAUGAGGGUUACCGUUGCUACAUUUCUGCUGCUUCUCAUCGCAGAGAAGGUAGCCCUGGCGGGAAAAACCAGAGUUGUGGACGGAACCAGGUACGUCUGCAAGCAAGUUCAGGCAGUGUGUCCCCAUGAUCUGAUGUUUACUGGAACAGUGUGUGGGAGCAACAGUAUCACCUAUCCUUCAAAGUGUGACCUUGUGCGUGAGGUUUGUCGGCGGGACAAGCAUCAGACAUUUGACUUCAGCCAUGUUGGGCCAUGCACAGAUGCUGAUUGCCCAACGCACUGCAGGGGCGAGGGAUUUCAUUAUGUCUGUGGCAUUGUGGGCUGUAGGGAGCGUACAUUCAGGAACCUCUGCCACCUGAAGAAGGUGAGCUCGGCCUGCAAGCCGGAACGCCGCAUCCCGUUGAGUUUCUCUUACGAGGGUUUCUGCCGGAACCCGGGACGAAUUUUACCAAACUGCACUGAUGCUGAUACACCACAGAUAGUGAGAACGGACUUGCCAGAAAAUUUGAAACGCCCCACUGAGCCUCCAAUUAGGCCCACUUCUACAACAAUGAAACCAACCGAUGCACAAGUUAAACCAACCACAGCAGUUAAGCAAACUGAUGCUUCUAUUAAACCAACCGAUGUUCCAGUGCAGCCUACUGACAUCCCUGUGAAACCAACUAAUGCGCCAGUUAAACCAACCACAGCAAUCAAGCAAACUGAUGCUCCAAUUCAACCUACUGAUGCUCCUGUACAACCAACUGAUGCCCAAGUUGAACCAACACAAAAAACUGAUGCUCCAGUAAAGGUAACUGAUGUUCCCGUUGUGCCAACUGAUGCUCCACUGCAGCCUACUGACACCCCUGGAGAACCAACUGAUGCCCCAGAUAUACAGACUGAUGCACCAGUUGAACCAACACAAAAAACUGAUGCUCCAGUAAAGGCAACUGAUGCUCCUGUUGAGCCAACUGAUGCUCCAGUUCAGCCGACUGACACCCCAGUUGAAGCAACAGAUACCCCAGUUCAACAAACUGAUGCCCCAGUUAUGCAGACUGAAGCUCCAGUUGAACUUACUGAUGCACCAGUUAAACCAACCACAGAGGUAAAGCAAACUGAUGCUCCGAUUCAACCUACUGANAAAACUGAUGCUCCUUGCAGCCUACUGACACCCCUGUGGAACCAACUGAUGCCCCAGAUAUACAGACUGAUGCACCAGUUGAACCAACUCAUGCACCAGUUAAACAAACAACAGCAGUAA